AUGGCCGCUACCAUCGUGUCUCGUCGCUCUCGCCACCGCCUUGGCUGUCGCUACAAGAAGCGCGGCCUGGACGCCAACGGCAAUGUGGCCAACGGCGUGGAGACAGAGCAGAUCCUGGCGUGCAACGACCACGUCCUGGCCUUUGUGCAAUAUCGAGGCUCCAUUCCCGUCUUCUGGACGCAAGAACCUCAAAACAAGGAGUAUCGACCAGCCGUCAAUCUUCACAAGACCCCGGCCGAAACCCAGACGGCCUUUCUGCGCCACAUGGAGCAGCUCGUGUCGCAUUUUGGUCCCCAUCAAUUCUGGGUGAAUCUCAUCAAUCGUCAGGGCCGCGAAGCCGUGGUUGGAGAGGCCUUCAAAAAGGUGUUUGCUGCUGCCGCACCGUCCCACAUCACCUACCAUCCCUUUGAUUUUCACCACCACUGCAAGCGAAGCACCAUGCACAAAGUGUGGGAAAUUGUCGACGCGGCCCAGGUCUCGCUGGACAACAUGGGUUUCACCAAUUUCGUCGUCAACGGUGAUGUGUGGCAUCCCGUGACACAGCAGACGGGCGUUGUGCGUACCAAUUGCAUGGAUUGCUUGGAUCGUACCAACGUCACCCAAAGUGUCUUUGCUCGAGACACCGCGGCACGCCAGCUCUUGGCAGCCGGCAUCCUCAAGGGCAAGGAGGGCUUUCCACCCGCAUUGCUGAGCCUACUGCAGCGCCUGUGGGCUGCCAAUGGCAAUCAGAUUAGCCGGCAAUAUGCCGGUACUGAUGCCAUGAAAAGCGAGGCCACCAAGGCCGGUCGCAACAAACUCCUUGGUGCGCUCAACGAUGGUCGUAAGUCACUGACUCGCUAUUACCUCAACACUUUCAAGGAUGCAUACCGACAACAAGUCAUCGACCUCUGUCAGCUGUCUCGAUCAACGAGCGCUGUCUUCAACGAGAGCCUGGCGCUGGAGCGCAUGCAACACGUUGUGCUACAAGACACGACCACCAACUUUGUGAAUCGUGUUCUUCGCAAGGUUUGUCUUGCCUUCGUCCGUGCCCGGGCUCGGAUAGUGGUGGUGGCAGAGACGAUUGUGAUUGUGACCUCCGAGCAUCUGUACGUGGCCUAUGUGAGUUUUGCGGACGAGACCCUGCAUGCUCUGGGUACACACAAUCUGCAUCUAUUGCAUCGUGGUGAGUCGGGCCCCUUGGCUCCGGGCGAGAUCAAGGCGCUGAGUCUGCAUACCAACAGUAUUGCCGAAGAUGCCAGCAAAAGCCGAUCCAAGAUCCGCUUUCCAGUGGUUCGGCUCGCCUUUCGGGCUUUGGGUGAAAUUGAGGACCGUCUCGAAGCCGGGUUGGUGGCGCUCUGGCUCUCUGAGCUGCGACAAGCAAACCCGUAUCUUGUGGGCGAUGCCAUGCCGGAUGAAGAGACAGAGGAGCUCGAGGCCGAGGCGCUAGCACGCUUUGCCGACACUCGGCCUGCAGCCUCGAGCAUCAUAACGAGGGCGGCAGCUUGGACCACGCAAGCGUUGAAUGGCCAUCAGGAUGAGCUGGCAUCGGCGUCGGUGCUGUUGGGAGAGAGCGCUACUCCUGCACCAAACUGUGGCUCGUCGAGGGCGGAUUCACCUCGUACGGACCGAAGUCGCGUGGCUAGCAGUUCUGAUGGGCCAAGCACCAGGAGCGCGGGCCAGGGCACGGACGACGGCGAAGAGGACAACGUGGACGAAGAUUCAGAGAUGGUCAGCUCUGUCCUGGCCGGACUGAUUCUCGAUUCACACUUGGAAGCAUCACCCGCGAAUCCGGACAAGGACCGCCGCUUGCGGUCGAGAACUUUGCCCGCUUCCGUGGCCCAUGAAACGCUGGCAGAGUAUGAAGCUCGUGCGCUCGGAGUGGGAUCCACCGGUGAUUUGCACGACAUGUCUUCGGUCUUUGGCGAUGAACCCAGCGCAGACGAGACUGGCGAUCAGAAACCUGGUUCGACCGAGAAGGAAGACCCUGCACAAAAUGAUGUGUAUGAGGGGCAGGAGAGGACUCGCGAAGAAGGCAUAAACGGCAAUGGCAGCGAAGCGGAUGGUGACGAGGAUGACGAGGAUGACGAGGACAUUGAUGUGGAGGACGUGCCUGAGCGAAGUUUUUCAGAGGAGGCGCAGCAACCCGCUGGUGUAGUAUCGCGGACAAAGCUGAGUGGAUCCUCGGCCGUCGAUGUGGAGGCCAACAUGGUCAUGGCGCCAACCAUUGAUCUGUCAGCGGGUUUGGGCCGCUUGCCCGACCCUGUUUUGGAAUCUCUCCGGGUAUGUAGGCUGCUUCUGCCGCGGUUGAGGCGGUUGGUGUGUUGGCUGCUGACUGUUUUUUUCUUCUUUGGAAUGGGCCAUCUCCGUGUUGUGCUUGGGGCUGGCAGGCGGCAGCACCCCCGUUGCCGGUGGGACGCGUGA